UAUGACUUUAUUUGUAGCAGUGGAACCUUCGCUUCAGAGAAACAAGGCGCGCAACAAAAAGGUCCGGACGAAUAAACCGGAAGUCGUUGCUCCUAAGUCACAUUGAGGACUAAACGCCAGUCGACGCGAUUUUUGGAUCCCUGAUCAUCUAUCCCAUUCCUAAUGACAGUGAUCUUUUCCAUCUGAUGAUGUUUGUCUCAAGGGUUGUCCCUCGGGUUGGUCUUUUACAGAGAACAAUAUGUUCACUUCAAGCCCACAAUACAAGUUUGAAUGGAUUUCUACAGAAGGUCCUUCAUCCUCACACCUCCUCAGUACAACAAAAUUACUCAACAGCUGCAGAUAACAGAUCUCCCCCACGAUGGAUCCAGCUUGAGCCGGAACUGGACGAAGCCCUAGUGCCCCGUAAACUGUCAGUGAGUCCUUUGGAGAGCUGGCUCUCACUCCGCUACUCCCUCCCUCCCCUGCUGGAGUCCUCUCAGCCACAGGGAGAUGUAGAGGUGCUGAAUGAAAAGGUGCUGCCACCUAUUUCUGUCCCUGCUUUGGACGAUGGUGAGAGCCCUGCAACUCCUAUAAAGUGUAAAAAUGUCCUGGAGAUCCGACGGAGGAAGAUGAAUCGACAUAAAUACAAGAAGUUGCAAAAGAGGACAAAAUUCCUAAAGAGGAGAGUGAUGGAAAGCAGGGGGAGGAGAAAGCAGAAAAGAUUUGAAGAGGAUCUUCGGAAGAUCUGGAUGCGAGCUGGACUCAAGAAGUCUCCAGAGGGUUGGGCGGCACCGAAGAUCUUCAUCAAACAGCAUGGAAACCGAAAGAACUGAGAAACAUUGACGGCGUUUCUAGAUUAUCACAAUCGUUCACAUUGACUGACCUUCACAUACCCAAAUCAGAUGACAUCUAUGCCAUUGUUUUCUAUAGAAAACAAAAAUGAGGCAAGCUUUUGCUGGUGUGUGUAGUCAAAAUCCUUAUGUUAUCAAAUAAAGACACAUUUUCCAGGUCUGA